AUGCCCCACAGCGUGCCAGAGCGUCACGAGUGGCACAGGGACAGCCAAGAGGCAUUCGGGCGGUGUAUUCCCGGCCCUCAGCAGACGAGCGCAGCGGCCUGGAGGUGCUGUCCUCCCAAACCGAGCCCACACGCAGGCAUGCAGGCGCCCAGGCAGCUGGCUGCAGCUGGCUACAGAAGACAGCCCUUGGGGAAAGGAGCAAGUAGGCUGAUGGACCCAAAGGAGUUCCUGGACCUCCCCCUCGGGGUCAAGAUCUCUGUGCCACCCAACUCCAAGCCUGUCUUUGUCAGGACAAAGCUGGGGGAAAAGCUCCACCGGCCCUCUGGCUAUUUCGACUUGGGCGAUCCCUACUGUCGCCUGCUGCCCACCGAGUACAACAGCCUGCACGACCCAUAUCUGCGGGACUACCACAGCCGCAAAGACAACAUGGAGAGGCUGAAAACCCUGGGACAUGUCACCAGCAACGGCAAGGUGACUUGCACUCUGACAGAGUUCAAUCAGUACCGGCAGUAUCUGACCACUCACAAGCUGGAGGCAGAGAAGGUGUCCAGGAGGGAAGAGGAAAGGCUCGGUCAAGAAGCGGACAAAGGGAAGGAUGCUGUCAAACUGCCGGCAGUGGUGGGCACUCCUUGCCUACCGCAUCCACGGAAGCCAGCUUGCCCACCUCCAGCCAAGAGCACAAAGACCAAGGUGGUGCUGGAGCGAGACAGAGGAGCAAAAUCAGCUUUGGAGCAGCCACCGGCUGGAGGACUCCCCCAAGUGGGAAAAUCAGAGAGGGAGAGGUCAGGGCGGAGAGCAGAUUCCUCCCAGACCUCCCGUGUGCAACGUGAGGCUCCUUCUCGGUUUGGAGGAGCCCCAGGAAGCGACUAUUUGGAAAUUCUGGGGCUUCCCAGGGACAACCUCAGCAAGAGGCAGCUGUGCCCAUCCCAGACACCGUCCCCAGAGGAAAGCACUGCUGACAUGCGGCGGCUGAGUCGUGCACUUGCCAAGGAGACCAUCUCCCAAGUUCAGCAGCAGCAUGCACAGCCGACUUGGGGUGCCAGAGACGCACCCCGUGAUACUGGCGCGCCAGAGAGAGAAAUGAAGGCGAAGGCGACAGCCUUAGCAAGCGCUCUGGCUGCCAGGACCACGGCAAGUCAGAUCUCUGACACUGUGUUAGAUCUGAUCUGCCAUGCUGCGCCCGCACUGUCCCCGGAGAUGAGAGCUGUCCGAAGGCAAGCUGUGAGGCUGCCCCCACUCGGAGGUGGCAAGCAGAGCUGUGCCUCUGAGGACACUCUUCCCUUGACGCGCCCACGGGUUUCCAGACAGCCGGUCCCUCCAGCGAGCCCCAAGCCCCCCACCGAGGGAGGACGGCGCAGGCCUGUGCACCUAAGGCCUGCCUAAGGGCAGCAGCCGCAGCAGCCGCCUGACGAACUGCAGCGUCCGUCGUGGAGCCUGUGCGAGAGGUGUAGGAGGCUCUGCUCCACCUGCCGGGAAACACUUUGCACACAGUAUCCAAGGACCGGAUUGCUUGCAUGGACCUGCCUCCAGCGAGGACAAAAGACUUGGGCUCUCUGCCAGCCUAAACCGUCUGGAGCUGUCGGGAGGGCUGCAGAGUGACACUGCAUCAUGGACCUCUUUUCUUAUCC